UUUUAAAAUUUUUUUUUGUAAUAUCAGGUGAAAAUGGAUGUUAAACGAAAGCCAUAUUCUGACCAGAAGAGGUGGAUUACUAUUUACCCGGCUUAUAUUGACGCGAAGAAAAGCACUGGAGAAGGGCGACGGAUUAGGAAAGACAAGGCCGUCGAGAGACCAACAUCUCAAGAGAUUUAUGAUAUUGUUAAUCACCUUGGGUUCAACUGUGUGUUAGAGGUAUUAUAUUUAAACACGAUUUCCAAAUUACCUUUGUGUUUAAAAAUUAAGAAAGACAAGAUGUACCCACGUGACACGGACCAGAAAGGCAGAGUACGAGUUCAGACCCGCAACGACGAUGGAACGUUCACCAAAAAUGAAUUUCAGACAAGUUUUUAA